ACGCGUGCGACGGCGGCUGGACUGACUGGACUGAGGCGUAAGCGUCAGCGUCGGCGGCAGGAUUGACUGCGUUGGGGCUGUGGCGUCCGCGCGGGUGUGCGGUAGCUCGGCAUGGCGGCCCCCGCCGCGGCCCUGGGGCCCUCGGCGCUAGGCCAGAGCGGUCCCGGUUCCAUGGCCCACUGGUGCUCAGUGAGCAGCGGCCCGACGCGCUACGUGCUCGGCAUGCAGGAGCUGUUUCGGGGCCACAGCAAAACGCGAGAGUUCCCGGCGCACAGCGCCAAGGUGCACUCGGUGGCCUGGAGCUGUGACGGGCGUCGUCUGGCCUCUGGGUCCUUCGACAAGACGGCUAGCGUCUUCUUGCUGGAGAAGGACCGGUUGGUCAAAGAAAACAAUUACCGCGGACAUGGUGACAGCGUGGACCAGCUUUGUUGGCAUCCAAGUAAUCCUGAUCUCUUUGUCACCGCAUCUGGAGACAAAACCAUUCGCAUCUGGGACGUGAGGACGACCAAAUGCAUCGCUACUGUGAACACCAAAGGGGAGAAUAUUAACAUCUGCUGGAGUCCUGAUGGGCAGACCAUUGCUGUAGGCAACAAGGACGAUGUGGUGACCUUUAUUGAUGCCAAGACACACCGUUCAAAGGCAGAGGAGCAGUUCAAGUUUGAGGUCAACGAAAUCUCCUGGAACAAUGACAAUAACAUGUUCUUCCUGACCAAUGGCAAUGGUUGUAUCAACAUCCUCAGCUACCCGGAGCUGAAGCCGGUGCAGUCCAUCAACGCGCAUCCCUCUAACUGCAUCUGCAUCAAGUUCGACCCCAUGGGGAAGUACUUCGCCACAGGAAGUGCGGAUGCACUGGUCAGCCUGUGGGAUGUGGAUGAGCUGGUGUGUGUCCGGUGCUUUUCCAGGCUGGACUGGCCUGUGAGGACCCUCAGUUUCAGCCACGAUGGGAAGAUGCUGGCCUCAGCAUCGGAAGAUCAUUUUAUUGACAUUGCUGAAGUAGAGACAGGUCAACACCUCCGAGAAGAAUGGCUGGAUCAAGGGCAGCGAAGCUGGCGGCCUGGGUGUGUCAAGGUAAGUGUAUGUCUGACGUCACCAGCGCGGGAGUCCCGGGUCCUCGCACCUCGGCCAGCACAAGAUCAAGGUCAGUCUUUUCAACUCACUUCAUUCGGAUGGGGGUGCAGUGGUGUCGAGUUGUGGUUGUAGUGAGCAUUUCUCUGUAACGGACGAAGGGAGUGGAACUCCUGUUUACCUGCUUGUUUGCCAUCGGUGGAUCUUUGGUUGAGAGUCUGUUCACAUGUGUUCUGCCGGUUUUUAAAAAUUGGGUUGUUUCCUUAUUGUUAAGUUUUGAGAGGGCUUCGUUUAUUCUGGACGUUAAGUCCUUCAUCGGGUGUGUGCUUCACAAGUGGUUUCUCCGUGUGGGUGGCUUGUUGUUUUAUUGUCUCAAAGGUGGGUUUCCGAGAGUGGAAGAGUUUACUUUUGAUGCAGUCCAGUUUAUUGAUUUGUUCUUUAUGGGUCAUACUCUCGUUGUAGAUUUGAGAAGUCUCCGUGUGACCCAAGGCUACAAAGGCCUUUUCCUGUGUUUUCGCCUGGAUGUUUUAUACUUUUAGGUUCACGUUUAGAUUCCUGACCUGGUUUUGAGUUGGUUUUUACAGCUGGUGACAGGUGUGGCUCCCAGUUUGUUUUUUUGCUGACGUGACCCAACUGUUCCAGGACCGUUUGUUGAGAAGGCUGUAUUUUCUCCAUUGCACGUCCUUGGCAACUUUGUCAAAAAUCCAUGUGCGGUCAGUUGCUUGACUCUGUUGGGUUCCACUUGUCUAUGCGGCUACUUUGAUGCUGGCACCACGGUCUUGAUUAUGUAGCUUUAUAUAAUUCUUGAAAUCAAGUGGUUUCCCAAAUUUCGCAUGUUGAAGACCUAACCCCACCAGUAUGGUACUCCCUUCUUAUCUGUGGUUUUGUUUCAUGGUUUCGGUCACUUGCAGCCAAGCAUGGUCUGAAAUUAUUAAGUGGAAAACUCUAGAAACAAACAGGUUUUAAGUCGUGCACCAUUCUGAGCAGUGCGAUGAAAGCUCGUGCCGUCCCGCUGUGUCUCGUGCGUCGCAAGUCAUUCCUUCCUCCAGCGUGUGCAUGCCUCGCGCACUCUACCUGCCUGGUGGCCACUGAGUAGCCAUCUCGGUCAGCGUAGCGGUGGUGACAUUGCGGUGCUUGUGUUCAACUAGCCCUUAUUUUACUUAACGAUGUCCCCGAAGUACAGAAGCAGUGGGGCUGGCAAUUUGGAUGCGCCGGAAAGAAGCCGGGGAGCGUUUCCUUUGAAUGAAAAGGUGAAAGUUCUUGACUUCAUAAGGUAAGAAAAAAAAUUGCUGUGGUCACGAGGAUCUGUGGUAAGAAUGAAUCAUCUACUCACGAAAUGGGGAAGAGGAAAAGGACACGUGUGCCAGUGUUGCUGUGGCACCGAAACCACAGAAGUCGCGGCCACAGUGGUGGCAAGUGCUUAGGUAACACGGACAAGCCUUCACACUGUAUCAUAGGUGUGUGUGCGUGUGGGCAGACGAUGGAACAACCUGGCUUAUCUAGGAUUCGGCGCUCUCCUUGGUUUCAGGUGUCUAUGGGCGUCUUGGAAUAUGUUCCCUGCAGUUAAGGGGGGACUACUGUCCCUUAGAAUGGGACUGUUCUCGGAGAUGUGGCUUUAGAGAGGUAUUUGAGAUAAAGUAAGGCCAUAUGGGUGGGCCCCAAUCCUAUAUGACUGGUGUCCUUUUAAGAAGAGGAAACGAGGACAACAGACUGUGACAGACACCAGACACGUGUACCCAGAGGGAAGCCCUCACCGAGGGCACUUGUGAGGAGGCCACCAGCGAGCCACGGGGAGAAGCCCAGAAGAAACCACACCUCCUGAUACCUUGAUCUUGGACUUGUAGCCUCCAGAACUACGAGGACGUAGAUUUCUGUGCUUGGUUUAUAAGCCACAAGACUGUGGCAUGGUGACCGAUGAACGAUACGGAGGGGGAGUUGUUGAUCUCUUAGCUUCCUCCUUUCACAAGAGGAGUAUUGGUGUCAUUCCUGCAGGCCUGUACUUGCUUCUAUAACAAAUAUCCCCCAGGUAGAUAAUGGAUCAGAUAAAGUCAAAGUUCAUUUUUGUUCAACACUGAUGUGUCUGAAUGGCUGCUGUUUCUCCUUCAGUCGGUGAUGAGGGGAUUCGGGGUCCUGCCAUUUUGUGGGUCCACCGUUCUUCAAAGCUCGACCUCCACAGGCUCCUCUGCUUCAGGCCCCAGAAGGAGGAGAAUUCGGAGGAGAAUGCAGGCCAAGGUGUUACGGGCAGUCUGGGAAGUGGCAUGCAUUGCUUCUGUUCAUACUGCUUUGGCUAGAAUCAGUUACUAGGCUACACAGAACUACCAGGGAAAUGUGUGGCCUAGUUCUGUGGCCAGCAGGAAGAAGACAAAGCUGGGGGAAAGCCAAUGAGUUUUUGCUGUGGGUGUAAGUCACAGAGAAUGACCCUUCCCCCAUCUCUCUACUCCAGCCAGAGAGGAUGCUCCGAAGAGCUUCUUUAGGCCUCUUUUCAAAUAUGACUGCCUGGCUCGUAAGGAAGCUGCCUUUGGUUCUAUAGCUUCUCGGAGACUCCGUUCAGAACUAAAACAGACCCCAACCACAUUUGUUUGACUUGUUUUAUCCUUGGGUCGGGUGGCCCUUCCUGGAUUCAUUGACUAAGCUCUCCGAGGGCUUGGUGAUGAACCCUGUGAGCGAGCUAUUCCACGUUUCCACGUUCCCUGAUGCAGCAACAGACGAGGCGAAGUCAUGUGGGUGCACAGGGUAGAGUCCAGAUCCGAAACCAGGUACGUGUGACUCAGUGUCUUUGUGCCAGAAUGCGGUUGCCGUGACUCUUGCUCUAAGUACAUGGAAGCCAUUGUUAGAGGGUUUAAUCUGUCUCGGGGAAUUUAUUGUUAACUCUCCAUUCCAUGUCUUAUUGGCUUUGUGGUCUUAGGUGUGUUUCUUUGCCUCCAGGAGCCUCGCUUUUCUCAUCUAUGAAAUGGGCUAACCAAGAUGGCCCCUGGGGCUGGGCUUUCUGUAGUGCUCCAAGAGUGUAAAAUCCGGGGCCUGGCUCACCCGCCUGUUGCUUCCAGGCUGCAGAUGGGCAUCGACGCGGUGCCAGGAGAGGAGCUGCGGGGCCUGUGGGGCUGGAGGACACAAGGGGCAGCUGCGGUUCGUUCCCAGCUGACUGUCUCCAAAUGUGGGAACUUGACCUCAUCUUCUACUUUUCUGUAAACAUCAAUUUGUUUAUGAACUUUCUCAAUUUUUAAUGCUGGCAUCCCAUUUAAAUAGAAAUCAUGCCAACCUAACAAGACGUUCUUGACGGCAGCUGAAUGCUUUGGAGAUGGGGUUCCUGCACUGGGCCGGGCUCUGUGUGAGGCCGGCAGGGGACAGAGGCAGGUCCGCUGGCCUCCCCUGGGAGGUCCUAAUCCAGUGAGGAGAGGAGCCUUCUACACAGGAAAGUGGUGGUAUAAUAGGAUUUGGGGUAAUAGGAUUUGACCCACAUUAUCCUCGAACUCCUCAGACUGGGGACUGCAGAAGGCUCUUUGUAGCUGAAAUUGAAACAGUAAAACAAUCUGCGGCACUUGGAGGGGAUGUCUUGGGAAAUGUUUCCAGGGCUUUAGCGUUUCCUGAGGGCGUUUGCUCUCUCAUUUGGUGCAUUCUGUUCAAUGAGCAAUAAUUUCAUUUUCCUGGUGGCGUGACAAAGCCUCCUGGAAAUAAGGGUCUGAGAGCCACACAAGCUGGCCUGGGACCUGGGUCUCAGGAGCCCGUUCCCACCCUGUCCUCACAGAUGCUCAGGUAGCAAAGGGGGCCUGGGGCCUGACAAUACUGGGGCACCAGGUGGUCACGUCGACCUGCGUGGAGCCUCCUCCAACCCCGUCAGUUGGGCUCGUUAUCCGCACCUGGGAGAGGUGACUGGGGCGGCUCAGAGGGCGCACAGCCAGGGAGCCCAGGGAAGGUAACAGCGAGUGUCCGUGAGCCCCUCGAAGUCACCUGCAACACGUUUGACGUCGGCACGUCUGUCCGUCUCUCAGCGUAAGGGGCCUGACACUUUCAGCAGAUUCUCCAAGGUCAAUGAUUCCAAAAUGGCGAAGGGCCCCUGGUUUAGGCCGCGGUCCUUCUGACCGCACAGCCCGUGCUCUGAGGUCCCCUCCGCUGGGUCCCGGUCAGGAGAACCUUCCGUAAAGUCAAGUGGACGUGAGCUCUGUGUCUGCCUCCUGGCUCCUCCACCUACCAGCCGCCAGGUCUCCUUUCUUCAUCUGUGGCAUUGGGAUUCACUCAUUCAACAAAUAUUUUAUUAACCCCCUGCUCUGCCUCAGGUUCGGUUGUUGGCACCAAAGACAUGACAGCGGACAAUGUCCCUGCUGCCUUUGACCUUCUAUUGUAGUAGGGGGUAGAGGUGGUGGUGAGUGCA